AUGUCCUCCUCAUCGGCACCCACAGCCGCAGCAACCGCGACAUCUCCAACGGCACCCUCCGAACCCGCACCCAGCGCCACGCCGCAACGCGACACCCCUCCGCAGGAAAAAACGCCCCUCCCCCUCCCCUCGCCCAGCGCAGACACCACCGCCACACAGCUCGCCGUGGACGGCGCAGGCGUGAAGCUGGACCACCUGGGACCGCUGGUCGUCAACAAAGACGGCUCGCUGUCGCGCAUCGCUAACUGGGAGACGAUGGCGGAUGUGGAGCGCGCGAAUACGCUGAGGAUCUUGGGGAAGCGGAAUCAGCUGAGACUCGGGGGGGUUGAAAGGGGAAGAAGGGGAGGGGGGAGGGGAAGUAAUGGGACCGUAAUGGGACAGUAA